AUGGACAAAAAGAAUCAAAAGAAGAAAAAAUGCAAAGGGAGAAAAAAGGGAAAUAAUUCCUCAUCUAAUGUAUGUGGCAACCAUGACGAUGAUUUGAAUGAGGAGAAGGAAGCAGAUGGAAGAAGGGGACUCAACAUAAAUGAUCCGAAUGAGGAUAACCCUGUCCCUCUAAAUGUUCAAGUUAGCGACACUCAUAAGGCGGGAGAAGAGACGGGUGACAUUACACCUACUGGGCAAACUGCGCAAAAGGGCCAAAGUCCUACCAGUAGGGAUGAAGCAGAUAGAGAGGAAGACAAAAAGGGGAACACCCCCGAUGGGGUGACCAACAAGGCGAUGGACAAUGCGAAGGGCACAAAGAGAAAGAAAAAGAAAAACGCGCCUGUGACGAAUAUUUCCAACGAAGGAGCAAGCGAAAGUGCCAAAUUCAAGUCUGCACAUGACGAUGUGGACGAUUUUCUUAUGCCGAGUGGUGAACAAGGCGCGGAAGAACAAAUGAGCAGCCUCUUUCCCAACAUCGACGUAGAUGCUAUGUACUCCUUGCUUGCAGAAAAGGGAGAUAACCAAAAUGAAUUUUUAAGGGACCUAAAUAAAGAAAUCGAAAAAUUAAAAAAAAAAUUUAACGAUGAUAAUGUGCUGUCAAGUGUGCACAGAGACAGACACAACUUUAGUAGUAACUACUCCAUCAAGAGAGAUGGACAGAGGAGGGGACCACAGCAGCUCAUAGUGCGAGGUGAAGCGGCAAAUGCUCCGAAUAACAAAAAUGGUAAUCAUAACUCCAUUGACAAAUGUAAUGUGCGCCCCAGGUACACCCCUACCGAAAAAGAAAACUACAACUUUUACGAUAUGCUAAUGAGGGGACACCUUUUUUUAAGACUAAAAAGAAAAAUUAAAAAAAAAAAAAACAAAAAAUUUAAAAUCAGAACUAAGCAUUACCAAGUGGUGAGUGACUUGUGUGCCAUGAGAACUGAAGGAGGAACCAUAUCGAAGAAAAAGCGGAGGUACUAUAUAUUCAAUUAUAACUGCGGGAACACCAAAAUUCAGUCCAUCACGGGCUACAUCCGCUGCUUCAAGGGCUACCAUCUGUAUAGGGAGAACAGUAGUAACUCUGCCACUGGUAGCGGAACGAACAGCAGCCUCCGCAGCAACGUUCGCAACAGUCCCCGCGGCAGCCAGAACCACAGUGUUAAUGGGAGCCAUGACAGUUACAAUAUCGAGAGGACGCUAAGCGAGGAACGUUACACCCCAGGUGAAAUGGCCAUAUCGGUUCUGCUUUGUGUCAACGUGUCCAACUGUUUAUCCCCCUCGGAGUUCCUUGAGCUCCUACACCCCUUUGACAAUUUCAUAUUUUUUUUAAAAGUUUUAAACAAAAAAAACAAUGAAGAGUACAUGAUCUACUUUCUAACGUUCGAUGUGUAUGCAAAGAAAAUUAUGAAAAAGGUGAAGAGGAUUAGUAUUUUUAAUAUGAAAAAAAAGAAAAGAUUAAAAGUUUACAUCGUGAAGGACAUCACCAUGAAUGCCACGUCCAGGAUAAAGAAGAACACGCAACGGAUGGUACGCGUGAAGACGUUUUACGAGGAGGGGGGAGUGGGCCAUGCGGAUGGGAAGACUAACGGGAAGGGGAACCAGAAGGAAGAGCAUAGCUUGCCGCACACACAUGAGAAGAACAUCCCACCGUCGCGCAGAAGCAGAUUUAUCAACGCCCUUUACCUUAUUUCGCAAAACAAAUUACAGCUCUCCUGUGCAGUUUGCCUAGAGCCGCUGUACUCGGACAGCCUCAGUAAGGUAGUAUCGCACAUUUUUAAUUUAAACAUUGGAACGCAAAAAAGGAGGGAAACCAAGGUAAAGGACCUAUCCUCACCGAACCAGGACAGUGAAAAAGGCGAUGGCAUUUGCGAUAGCAAUGUCGCUGAAUGCGCUGUUGUGGUUCCCGCUGCUAACACCAGCACUGCCAUUUUUGGCGAAACGUAUUACAGGCAGCAUGAGCCAAGCGGAAAAAUAAGUCGGAGCAAUAGCAGUUCACGCAGCAAUACACGGAGGAGCGUGCGUGUGUAUGAAACGACAACGUUGGGAACGCAAAGGAAGAAGCGCCAGUAUUAUUGCGUUAAGACGUUGAGUAGUUACACCGCUGAGGACCGGAAGAGCUACUACUUAUCCGUUAUCUCCUUUAUCCAUAAUAUACAAAAAAAGUAUAACAAUCAAGUGAAGAAAAAAAAAAAAAAAAGUGAAAGGAAAACAAUUUUUAAUAACGUUUGCAUUAACAUCCUAUGCGGUCACAUAUUCCAUUCCAGUUGUCUUAAAAAAUGUUGUUUCACAUCUUGUCCCAUCUGCCGAUAUAAACAGUACAAUUAUCAGAUAGCUAAUUGUGAUGUAUGUGAAAAAAACCAAAAUGCAAAAAUUUGUUUAUUUUGUGGCUUUAUUGGAUGUUCUGUAAAUUAUGAUCGCUUGAACAAACUCAAGGAGCUAAAGAUAAAUGAAAAAAAAAAACUCCUCAGAAAAAAAAAAAAAUUGAUUGCAUAUAUUAAGUACACCUUUUUUCGAAUGGUAAAUUUUUUUAUAAAGAAGGGAAACUACAUUGUUGUGCCUUCGUUUGUACCGGCAAGUAUAGAUCAUCAGGGGGUUUGUGCCCAGUCCAUAGAGGUGGAAAUCAAAAGAACUAAUACGAAUGAACGCAUAUGUAGUGCCAUUUUUGAAGGCGAGCAAAAUGGACACAUGUGCGUCCUAGGGGGGGAAAGUACCCUUUCCAAUGUCAACGAAAACUGUGCAAGUAUCAACAGGGAGGUAGUAUCAAACCAUUUCACAGUGUCGAGUGAGGUAACGCCAAGUGAAGCAGAAAAUGUAAAUAAAAUUAAUGAAGCCCUCGCUAGUUCAACAAAAAAUGAUGUAAUCCACGCCCAUUUGCAAAUAAGUAGUGAAAGCCGUAAGGAUGCUAAUUCUGAGAUACACAUGUGUGCCGGAAAAAAAAAUGUCGUCGAAAGGCUGGACUUCUCUACAGACCACACUACGUGUGGGAGACAUAGGGGGCACUUGGCGAGGCAUCGUUUGCUCAGUUUUUUUUUCCGAUUUAGAAAAAUGGUGAGGUUAGACAGUAAGAAAGGAAAAGGUACCAAACGCUGGUGGAGGCAUAUAAAAGGUGAAAACAAAAUGGGCGCAGGGAAAACCAACCAGGUAAACGCUAGACAUGAAAAGAAUCGCCAUAAGGGGGGUAGAAUAAGUGGAGUUAGAAAUAGACGACCUGGGGCGCGUGAAAAUAGCGGACGAGCCGAGCGCGCAAGGGGCUCCAUCAACAAGUACGACAUCUUUACGAGAACCAUGAAAAUCCACAAGAAUUCCCUUGAGAAAAGAACAAAGAAAAAACUCAAGGACCACGCAAAAGAACAUUUUUGCGAAACCAUGCACAACUACUUCUUCGACAUUUCCAAAAAUUCAGUGUUCGAUUACAGCAGCAACUUGUAUAUAAGAAAAUUAAUAAAUUUAAAAAGUGGAAAAAAAAAUUUGAAAAAAAUUUACUCAACAAAUAUAAACAUCAAUGGAAAAGGAGAAAUCAUAGACAAAAAAAAUAUCAUCAUGUACAUUUACGAAUUUAAUCAAUUGUUAAGUGCGUUGUUGGAAAGUCAGCGAGACCAUUUCAUGUCCUGUAUUUAUGACUUGAAAAUAAAUUAUGAAAAUGCGAACAAGGACAACUCCAGGGAAGCGAGCAAAUGUUUGAAUGAGUUAAAAACGGCACAAGAAAGAAACAAACAGUUGAAAGUCCAAAUUCAAAAAAAAAUUAGCCUGCUUCACGAGAAGGACAAAACAAAUGCGGAACUGCUGCAGCAGCUCAGGAACGUCGAAAUUGUAAACGCAAAAUUGUGUAAAGAUCAGAAGCAAGAAAUUCAUAACCAGGAGGCUAUGGCCGAGGAGAAGAAAAAAAUAAUACAGGAGAAGCAGCUACUUAUACGCCAGCUAAACCAGCAGAUCAACGAUUUAUCCUUCCACAAGCAAGUAGCGGCCAAAUUCUCUCAAGAUUCUGGAAUGACGAAUUCGUCCUUCAUUAUAGGGGAGAAAAUGACUCCGAAGAGCAGGUUCAAGAAGCGGUAA